AUGGCAAUUCUAAUCGUAUAUGUUGAUGACAUUGUAAUCUCGGGGGAUGAUGCUUCAGAAAUAGAAAGAUUGAAGAAAAGGAUGGCUGAAAAAUUCGAGAUCAAGGAUUUGGGAAAGUUAAAGUAUUUUCUCGGAAUAGAGGUGGCCCGGUCGAAGGAAGGCAUCUCUGUCUCUCAACGAAAGUAUAUGCUAGAUUUGCUUAAAGAGAUAGAUAUAAUAGGAUGUAAACCUGUUGAUACUCCUAUGGAAGCAAAUACUAAGCUGAGUGAUCUGAGUAGUAGUGCAUCAGUUAACAAGGAGAGGGGAUUAAUGUUCAGAAAGUCAGACAGACGAUGCAUCAAGGCCUACAUAGAUGCUGAUUGGGCAGGCUCAGUGGUCGACAGAAAGUCAACAUCGGGCUAUUGUACGUUUGUUUGGGGUAACCUUGUUACAUGGAUGAGUAAAAAACAAGGGGUGGUUGCCAGAAGUAGUGUCGAAGCUGAAUAUAGGGCCAUGAGCCUUGGGAUAUACGAAGAAAUAUGGUUGGAAAAGGUCCUAAUUGAUCUUACCAAAGUCAUGAUGGGCCAAUGA